AUGGGGAAGCUGGUGCGCCUGGAGGUGUACAACUUCAAGUCCUACCGCGGCCGCCACACCCUCCUCUUCGCCGACUCGUACUUCACCUCCAUCAUCGGCCCCAAUGGCUCCGGCAAGUCGAACAGCAUGGACGCCAUCUCCUUCGUCCUCGGCGUCCGCUCGUCCCAGCUGCGGUCGGACAAGCUGCAGGACAUGGUCUACCGCGGCAGGAUCAUCCGCGACGCCAACAUCAACGCCGACGGCACCGCGACCGACGGCCAUGCCAACCCCGAGUCCCACGCCGACACCCACUCCGGCACACAGGCCGAGAACCCGCAGAACGCCUGGGUCAAGGCCGUCUACGAGGACGACGCCGACCAAGAGCACGAGUGGCAGCGCACCAUCACACCCUCCGGCGCAAGCGAGUACCGCAUCAACCGCCGCCAGGUCACCGCCAAGGAGUACAACGACGCCCUCGAGGAGCACAGCAUCCUGGUCAAGGCCAGGAACUUCCUCGUCUUCCAGGGCGACGUCGAGAAGAUCGCCACCAUGGCCCCGGACAAGCUCACCGAGCAGGUCGAGCGCAUCUCUGGAUCCCUCGAGCAAAAGCCCGACUACGACAGGCUCAAGGCCGACUCCGAGGCCGCCGCCGAGGACAACGCAAAGCACCUCCACGAGCGUCGCGCCAUCAACGGCGAGCUCAAGACCUACCAGGAGCAAAAGGCCGAAGCAGACGAGUACGAGCGCAAGCUGGCCGAGCGCGACGAGGCCGUCGUCACCAAGACGCUGUGGAAGCUGUUCCUCUACCAGCAGACCAUGGAGAAGGCGCGCGACAAGAUUGCCUCCCACCAGGAGGAACUGAAGGAGCACAAGCGCAGCGUCGAAAAGUACCACACCAAGCACGAGCAGGAAAGACAGGCCGAGGCCAAGGUCAAGCGCGACGUGAGCAAGACGGAUCGCAGCAUCAAGGACAAGGAGAAGCAGAUCGAGGACACCACCAACGAGCUCGCUCCAGUCGACGAGACCAUCCGCCUGCUCAACCACCAGCGCCAGAAGAACGACUCGGUGCUUGCCGACCUCAGGAAGAAGCGAGACACCGAAGCACAGCAGGUGCAAAAGGUCAAAAAGGACUUGGAUCUGGUGCAGAAAGCCGAGAAGAAGUGGGAGGACGACUUCAGGGCGGCCUCCCAGCGACAGGGCCGCGAGCUUUCCCAGCAGGACCUCCAAGAGUACAAUCAGCUCCGCGGCGACGUUGUGAAGCGCACCCACGCCGACCAGAUGCAGAUCGACCGGCUGAAGCGAGAGGUCGACACGGAUCGUGAUCACGUUAGGAACCUGCAGCAAAGCGUCGACACGCACGAGAAGGCGGCAGCGCGCCUGAGUGCUGACAUUGGCCGCCUCGAAGAGCGACACAAGGAGCAAAAGUCCCAGAUCAAGGAACUCGAGUCGGCCAGGAACGCUAAGCAGAAAGAGCUGGACAAGCUCCGCGCUGAUCGUCGACAGCUGGAGCUGAACUACCAAGAGAAGAACCAGAUGCUGCAGGAAUCCGCCACGCAGCUCAGCAUCGUCGAGGGAAGCCGGCGCGAAUCGCGAAAGCAGCAAGAAGCCCGCAAGGCCAUCGAGCGACUGCGCGUUCGCCUCGGUCCUGACAAGGUGCACGGCCGGUACCGCGACCUCAUCACCCCCAAGCAAGCCAAGUACCGCAAGGCGAUGGGCCGAGUGCUGGGUCCUCAGAUGGAGACCGUCAUCGUCGACACCGAAGCCACUGCCAAGGAGUGCAUUGCUUACCUCAAGCAGGAGCGCAUCGGCAUCAUGUCCUUUGACCCACUCGACUCCAUCCAGAUCAAGGCCGUCGACUCGCAACUCAAGGGCAUGCACAAAGGCAUGCGCCUGGCCAUCGACUGCAUCAACUACGAACCGAAGCAUGAGCGCGCCAUGACCGCAGCGUGCGGUAACACGAUGAUCUGUGACACCGAAAAGAUCGCCAAAGAGCUCAGGUAUGAGCGUCGUGUGCAGGCCAAGGCGGUAACACUGGACGGUCGUGUCAUCAGCAAGGGUGGAACCCAGACGGGUGGCGAGCUGGAUCGUGACGACGACGGCGGCGAGCAGGCGUGGGACGAGAAGUCGUACCAGACACUCCGCGACCGUGUCGAUUCGAUACAGAAGGAGCUUGCCAACCUCCCUAAACUCGAGGGUUCGCGACAACAAGAGCAGACGAUCGAGGCUGAGCUGCUAGACCUGACCGAUCAAGUCAGACGCGCACAGGACGAAACCAAGGCCCUGUCACGCAACAUCGAUAGCCUGAAGAAAGAACUGGCCCACCACAAGAGCGAACUGAGAGGCGUACGACCGAACCUAGAUCAGCAGACGCAGCGACUGCGAAACAGAGAGGACGAGCUCAGAGGCUUCCAAGACUCGGUCAACCAAGUCACCGACGGUGUGUUUGCCACCUUCUGCCAAAGACUCGGCUACGCGUCCAUUCGAGACUACGAGGACCAGCAGGGCACAGUCCAGCAGGAGGCUGCCGAGAAGCGUCUCGAGUUCACCAGACAGCGCAGCAAGCUCUCGUUCCUGCUCAAGCAGCUCGAGUCUUCGCUCCAGGGCAUCGAGGACCGUCUUCAAGUGGCCGAGAGCAAGAUUGGGCGAAUCGAUGCUCAGCUUGCAGAGCACCAGGCGAAGCAAGAGGAGCUGCAGAACUCGAGAGAUGUUCUCGAGGCCGAGCUAGAGGAGCUGCAAGAGAAGCGCCAAGCUUUGGAGGAGAAGCUGACCGCACGAGCUGUUGCUGUCAAGGAAGCACGCCGUGCCCUCGAUCAGCGCAACGAAAAGGUCAAGAAGGUACUGAGGGAGGUUGACGUGGAAGAAGCCAAGAUCAAGACGAGCGCAACGAGCCGAUACAACACGCUCAAAGAGUGCAGGGUGAACGAGAUCCACAUCCCGCUUACACCCGACUCCAACCCCCUCACCUCGUUGCCCAUGACGGAUCUGCCUCGCCCUGAUGCGGACGCCAUGGAUGUUGACGAGGACCCUGACAACACACAGAUCCAGCAACCAGAGGUGGACGACUACGGUAUCGACGUCGACUUCGAAGAGCUCGAGGAAGAGCUCAAGACUGAGCUUCUCGAGAUACUCGAAAACGAGGACUCGCAAGACGACAAGGUCCAGUCCGCCGUCCUCUCCGCCCUGCGUGAAGCCGAAGCCCGUCUCACCGACACAAUCACCCGCCUGGAGACGGACAUUUCAAAAGCAACACCCAACAUGCGCGCCGGCGAGCGUCUAGCAGCCACCGAAGCGCGCCUCGCGGCCGUCGACGCCGACUUUGCCAGCACGCGCAAGCGAGCAGCCACAGCCAAGAAGGCGUUUGAAGACGUAAAGCAGCGGCGCCACGACCUCUUCAUGAAAGCCUUCAACCACAUCUCCGAGAACAUUGGCGGCACCUACAAGGACCUGACCAAAUCCCCCCAGUUCCCUCUCGGCGGGCAAGCGUACCUCGACAUGGAAGACAGCACGGAGCCGUACCUAGCGGGGCUAAAAUACCACGCCAUGCCCCCGCUCAAGCGCUUCCGCGACAUGGAGCACCUCUCCGGCGGCGAGAAGACGAUCGCUGCCCUCGCCCUGCUCUUCGCCAUCCACAGCUACCAACCGAGUCCCUUCUUCGUGCUCGAUGAAGUCGACGCCGCCCUCGACAACGUCAACGUCAGCCGCGUCGCAAAGUACGUCCGCGAGCACGCCAGCCCGGGCAUGCAGUUCAUCGUCAUCAGCCUGAAAGCCGGCUUCUUCCAGGAGAGCGAGACGCUCGUGGGCGUCAUGCGCGAUCAGAGCAAGAUGACGAGCCAGUACCUCAGUUUAGACUUGAGGAAAUACCCGGCGUGA